CUCUUCUCCUUCCUCUCCCGCCCUUUUGCCCGCCUCCCUCCCAAUUGUCGCCUCACCCAGAGCAGGGACCAUGAGCGUGUCUGAUCUCAUCGAGAAGCUCGCCUCGACCCAAGCGGCACUGAUCAAGGCGCUCCAGGAGGAGUACUUUUGCGAUGACGUGGUGCCGCCGCAGUCCGCUUUUGGCUGGGACGCGGAGGCGCUGCGCGCCUACUUCGAGUCUGGCGGCGAGACGUUGCCUGCGAACGGCAGCGGUGGCAACGGAGCCGCGGCGAAACCGGCGGCGGCGGCGGCUCCUCCGCCGCCGCGCGAGCUCGGCCCGCCCGACACCGUCGCCUCCGGCCGGCCCAUCUUCCUGGCGCUGGGCGACUCUCUGACUGAGUUCGGGCAGCACGUGUGCGACCCGACCUGGGACAAGAAGGCGCCGUUCGCGACGGACGUGCUGCAGCGGCAGGGGAUGGACAUCGCGAUCCCGGAGCACGGCCCCGGCUGGCUGACGCUGCUGCAGCGCGACUACUCGUGGCGCACCUCCGCCGAUGUGCUCAACCGCGGCUACUCCGGCUGCAACUCGCGGCUGCUGCGCGCGUCACUCAGCGAGAUCCUCGGCUCAAUCAACCGGCAGGACGUCUUUGCCAUCACGCUGAGCCUCGGCUCGAACGACCACGUCUCCGCCUCCCCGGGCGGCGUGCCGAAGGAGGAGUUCAAGGAGAACAUGGCCGCCGUCCUCAGCUCGCUGCAGGAGGCGAUGCCGAGCGCAAAGAUCAUCUUGAUCACGCCCGGCCGGAUCAACAAGGAGAAGUGGGCGAAGCACGUCUCGAGCGUGACUAACGGCCGGCUCGACGGGGCGGGGCGCGGAGAGACGCUGACGGGCGUGGUGACGCAGGGGUCGUCCGGCUCGAAUAGCGCGCUCAAGCAGUACGUCGCGCUCGCGUGCGAGGCGGGCGAGGCGGCGGGCCUCGGCACAGCGGGCGUCAACCCCGUCAAGGGCCCUCGUGGCGCGGUGCUCAACCUCAACUACAUGAUGCAGUACCAGCUGGCAAACUACCACGAGGCGGAGCACCCCGACGGGUACCACUUCUCCGCCAAGCUCAACCGCUUCGUCUACAAGUCCGUGCGCGACACGCUCGAGGGGAUGAAGCUGUCGCCCGUCCAGAUGCCGAUGCACCGCCCCGCGCCGAUCGCCGAGUUCCAGUCCACCGCCUCAAAGUACGGGCCGAGCGACGACGACGGCCGGCUCCGGAGGCGCGUCUGAGCACUCAAGCUGGAAGCCGCUCGAGGGUGCGUUGCCACGCGGACGAGCAGUGCUGUGUGCUAUUGCGAGAGCUGCGCUGGGCGACAGAACGGCUGGGCGCGGGCGUCUUGAGCGGCCAUGAGUCUUUUCAUGUUUUAGCAUGGUAGGGCCACAUUCAAUCUGCUGCAUACACAUCGAGAUCUCUGCGGGACACCAGUAGAUUUGUUGAGUGGCGAGAUCGUAGAUGCCGAUC